AUGUUUGAAAUAUAUUUGGCAGGAGAACGUAAUAUCGUAUUAUGUAGAGCAGAUUUGAUUGAAAAGUUGAAUAUGCCUUCAACGAAAUCUAACUUCUUUAGUAGAUUUCAUAUAACAGAAGGAUUUGUUGAAUAUGAGUUAUAUAAUGUAGGAAUAGGCAGUAUCAAUGACUAUGAAACUUGGAAAUAUAAUCGUCAAUUUUUUGAUCAAUCUAUGUUGACACCAAAUUUUAAUGAUCAAGCUGUUGAAUGGGUAAACGAAUUAUGUAAAGAAAUGGAAUCUUGUUGGAAUAACCUUGGAGAAAAUCAUGAAUUAAAUCUUAGUAAAUGGAUGCAUAGAUUUACAAACGAGAUAAUUUUUAAAGUUACUACCGGCGUAAAAAAUAAUAAUGUUAAUUCUUAUUAUAAUUUCAUUGUUGAAUGUGACAACAAUACUUUAAAAGGAAUAAAAGGAGAACCGGUUGAUGAAUCCGAAAAGUUUGUCAAGUCAGUUGAAACUUACAUAGGGGGAUUGAUUUAUCUUACAAUUUUUAAUAAUUUUAUGCUUCAUUAUGUUCCAAUUAUUCGUGGAAAGUGGAAAGGUUUUAUGAAAAACAAGAAGUAUUUGUUUGAUAAGUUACAUAAAGUUAUUAAAGAAAGAAAAAUUGAGAUUGAGAAUACACCGUUAGAUCAGCCUCUUCGUCACGACAUGAUGACAUCCUAUAUAACCGCGAACACACCACGUGAUAUCAACACGGUAAAACGCGUCGGUGCUGAUAUAUUGAGACCAGCGACUGACAAUGAGAUUCGUGGAAUGAUACUUGAUAGUAUGCUUGGUGGAACCGAAACUGUGGCUAAUUUGUUUUGCUUCAUUGUAUAUUAUCUCGGACGUUAUCCUGAAGUGAAACAAAGAGUACUACGUGAAUUGGAUGAAGUUCUUGGAAAGGACUUAACAAAACCCGUAACAUAUAGAGACCUUGACGAAUUACAAUAUUGCGAAGCAUUUAUCAAUGAAGUGAAUCGUCAUUGCCCUGUUUCGUUCUGGAUGACUCGCUUAAAUGCUGAAAGAGAUAGUAUUGGAGGAUAUGACUGGCCAGAGGCAACUCUAUUUCAAAUGCUUUAUUCUUCAAUAAUGAAACACAAGAAUUAUUGGACCGACCCUGAAAAAUUCGAUCCUGAUAGGUUUUACAAGGUUGAAGAAAGUGACAAAUAUUUACUCGAAAAACAAAAAGCGAAAAAUGUUUUCCCUAUGUUUGGAGGAGGAAUCAGAAUAUGUCCGGGAAAAAAGUUGGCGAUGAUUGAAUUAAAAUGCCUAAUGGUAUAUUUCAGAAAAUAUGAUAUUGAAAUGGCUGAUAUCAAUGCACCACUUAAACUUAAAUCUGAUUUUAUUAACCAUGUUGAUGAAUGCAUUGUCAAGGUUAAACCAAGAAAAUUCUAA